AAGUAUAUUUGUAUGCUAUUAAAUAGAGAAAUUUGUAACAAUUAUUAUCUAUUAAUUUUAUAAAAGAUAUUUCUAUGAAUUUUAUUCAUCUAUGAAAGAAGACACGCCUCAUCGCCAUUUUAAGAGUAAUAGUUUUACAAUUUUACUUACUCUUUUAUUUAAGAUAAAUGAGUGAGAAGAUUGAAGUUUAUUUUGAUGCUACUGAAAAAGCAAGUCGUCUCCUAUGAUAUUUUAUCUGUUAAGUUAUCAUCUCGGAGACUUCUAAUUAAUUAAGGUGAGUAUACAUACUAUAUUAUAUAUGUACUGUAUUUAUUUGAUAGCAGAAAAAGGGGUUGAACAUAACUUUAACUAAGGAAGCUAAACAAAUUGUUUCUGAAUACUUUUUCGUUGAUUUCAUUUUAUAGGAACAUUAGAAACUCCAGAUGACAUAAUUAAUAUUAAUUGCUCUUUAUUGUAUCAGUCCUCAUUUGCUCCAUAAAGUAGAUGUGUACUUAUAGUCUUAAGGAAAGCAUGGAACUGCCUUUUUUCCAUUGCAAAUGAAGACAGUGUGCUAUUACUAUAGGAAUGAUUUAUGACAGUGAACUUGUAACUAUCAAUUAAAAAUAGUAAAUGAGAUUCCAGAACCCUCUAUCUCGUAGACAUUUGUAACUUGCUUUAAUAGACAACUUUUAAGCAAUGUGUUUCAGAAAAUGAUAAUUACUUUUUCUUGCCCAUUUCAAUAGAUUGUCUAACAAACAAAUGAGAAGGAAAAUUGCAGUUAAUUUUGAUGUUACUGAAACCACUAAUAUUUUUGACGUCUUCACCUUGCAACAUUAUGCAGUUAAUUUUGACCCUGAGAAUGGGAGACAAUUGGAAAUUACUUUGGAAACCACUGAAACAACAAAUUUCCUGCUGUGACAUCUCUCCUAUAUUUGGUUUGCUCAUUAUACUGGUAGAUUUUAGAAUGCUACUUUCUACAGUUAAUUAAGAUCGUCCAACAAAUGAGACAGAGUUUACGUUCGAUUUGGUCGUACUGGAACAACCAAAUCUACAUGGGUGUGGUCUUUUGUAAAGCAUAUUCUUAAUUUGCUGUUUUCGCUUUCACCUUGCAACAUUAUGCAGUUAAUUUUCAACCGACGAGUAAGAGCAACUGGAGGUUUAUUUGAAUUCCACUGAAAUAACGAAUUUACUGCAGUGGUAUUCCUCUUGGAUUUGGUUUACUUUUCACACCUGCAAACUUUGGAAUGUUACAGUCUACAGUUAACUAAGAUUGACGUUGGAGAAGACAAAGAUGGCCCCGUAGUUGAUUUUCUUAAUUUGCUGUUUUCGCUUUCACCUUGCAACAUUAUGGAGUUAAUUUUCAACGGACGAGUAAGAGCAACUGGAGGUUUAUUUGAAUUCCACCGAAAUAACGAAUUUUCUGCAGUGGUAUUCCUCUUGGAUUUGGUUUACUUUUCAUACCUGCAACCUUUGGAAUGUUACAGUCUACAGUUAACUAAGAUUGACGUUGGAGAAGACAAAGAUGGCCCCGUAGUUGAUUUUCUUAAUUUGCUGUUUUCGCUUUCACCUUGCAACAUUAUGGAGUUAAUUUUCAACGGACGAGUAAGAGCAACUGGAGGUUUAUUUGAAUUCCACCGAAAUAACGAAUUUUCUGCAGUGGUAUUCCUCUUGGAUUUGGUUUACUUUUCACACCUGCAAACUUUGGAAUGUUACAGUCUACAGUUAACUAAGAUUGACGUUGGAGAAGACAAAGAUGGCCCCGUAGUUGAUUUUCUUAAUUUGCUGUUUUCGCUUUCACCUUGCAACAUUAUGGAGUUAAUUUUCAACGGACGAGUAAGAGCAACUGGAGGUUUAUUUGAAUUCCACCGAAAUAACGAAUUUUCUGCAGUGGUAUUCCUCUUGGAUUUGGUUUACUUUUCACACCUGCAAACUUUGGAAUGUUACAGUCUACAGUUAACUAAGAUUGACGUUGGAGAAGACAAAGAUGGCCCCGUAGUUGAUUUUCUUAAUUUGCUGUUUUCGCUUUCACCUUGCAACAUUAUGGAGUUAAUUUUCAACGGACGAGUAAGAGCAACUGGAGGUUUAUUUGAAUUCCACCGAAAUAACGAAUUUUCUGCAGUGGUAUUCCUCUUGGAUUUGGUUUACUUUUCACACCUGCAAACUUUGGAAUGUUACAGUCUACAGUUAACUAAGAUUGACGUUGGAGAAGACAAAGAUGGCCCCGUAGUUGAUUUUCUUAAUUUGCUGUUUUCGCUUUCACCUUGCAACAUUAUGGAGUUAAUUUUCAACGGACGAGUAAGAGCAACUGGAGGUUUAUUUGAAUUCCACCGAAAUAACGAAUUUUCUGCAGUGGUAUUCCUCUUGGAUUUGGUUUACUUUUCACACCUGCAAACUUUGGAAUGUUACAGUCUACAGUUAACUAAGAUUGACGUUGGAGAAGACAAANGAAAUAAAUAUCGUUUGUUGUAG